GUUACGUCGUCUGCUCUCCACUUCUGUUUUGAUAUUUAAUUUAAUGUUUCUAUUUCGAGGAGUCUUCGUGUCAAAUUCUUGGAGAUUAUGUUUAUCUGUAUUGCCGGCUUGAAUUUAUUCCAUUUUUAGUUUUAUUAUUAAUAACCGUAACAUUCCAAUCGUGAUUAUAGACAGUUAAAUCUUCUCAUCAAAUGGAGUUUUUUGCUUGUCUGUAGAAAAUAGCCUAAAGCCACAACUCAUUCAGAGAAAUGGUUCGUGUCAUUCAGGUCCAUCACUUCGCUGGACAGUCCAUCCAAACGUGUGAAGAUCCUGUAGCAGUUACUACAGCACCACCUGAUAGGUUGUUGGUGGCUUUAGCUCAUCAUGUGGUCGAGGUCCGUGAUCUCAACAGCAAAACUGAACGAAAAAACUCAUCAGAGGUCUUGUUUUCUUUUCCAACAGUUGACCAGGUCUGCUAUAUGCUCCAUUGUGUCACAGGAAACUAUGUGGUGACCCUGGAGACCAAGCUGAGUCGCCAGGGAAGGGAGACUGUGUACACACGAAUCUACGCCAACUGGGACCGUUGUGGAGGGGACCAGCAGCCGAUGAGGGCGAGGAUUGCAGGCAGAGUCACCCCUAGCAGCAGUCAGACUGGUGGAGAUACUCUGGAAAUGAUAGAACUGCCUGUCAAGUUCUCCACUACGUCUACCAUUGCCUGCUGUCAGGCUACAGGUAACCUGCUGGUAAGCAGCCAGACGUCCUUGUGUCUCUUCCAGCUGGUGUCUCGGACUCACGACAUCUCUCGACUGCGGUUCCUUGACUUCGAGCUGUGGCCUGUCACCCUGGAACUGAGCUUUGCCCCAGCCUACCUCGCCGUUGUAGAGGACGUUGUGGCCGCUAUGGACUCGGAGUCUCUUCAUGUUUUCAGGAUAAACAAAGGUGUAACAAGAGCAAGUGACUGGAAUGACCGUUCUAGUAAUUCCGGAUCUCCUUCAAUUACUCGGAAUACAGUAAAAAAACCUAUUCCCAAAAAGACAGUUGUGGAUGAAGUAAUUGAUUUAGACGCAUUGACUAAAGAUACAACUUCACCCAACUACGUUCUUUUCCCCUCAGUCGAGGCAAGCAGGAACGAAAGUCAACUGACGCCAUUCAAAUCUACACAUUCAGGACUCAUGGGAGUCGCUGUCAAGGAAAUGCCAACAAACGAGCCUUGGGCAGAACAAAUGACAACGAUGGUGGAGAGUCUUCUGCAGUUACAUGUGUCAAGAGAACAGCUGCACUGUCUCAACCUGAGACCUCUGUAUUACACUUCCACCACCACUCCUAGUUCACAGACAGAAUGUCCGAGACUGAGAUCGUCAAGUUACUCAAGGCUGGCCGCUAUCAAUGUUGUCAUAGCAACCCACCAGGAGGCUUACUUGUACCAUUUCCCUGUCGAAAAUGGGGAGAAUGUAAAUCCGGGUUAUCUGAUCUCAGUAUUCAGCUUCACCAGUCCUGUGAUGCACAUCUGCCUGGAACCCUACGCCCUUCAUGCUCUCACACAAACUACCCUUGAGUCAUACACCAUACGAUCCACCCAUGUCAUCUAUAAUAAGCUGGGAGAGGUGACGAUAGAUGACCCUGUGUGUCUGAUGGGUCUGAGACCGUUCAUCGGACCCGUGGAGCUGUUGCUGAGUGAUAACCACGUGGUGAUACUGUCAGCGUGUGAUGGCCAGACCGGCUGGACCGUGUACUCCCUGCGCCUGCCAUCAGCCGACACCCUACACUCCGAUAUGGCUGCUCUGGCCACCAGCCACCAGUACAGUGUGUCUGGCACCUACCGUCACCUGCUGACCGAGGCUCAUGCCAUCCUGUACACCGAUCAGUUCCUCUCUCCUUCCCCCCUCACUCCACGCAAGCCUGUCUCCCCGGCAUACCGGGCCUCGUGCCAGCAGCUCGCCGACCACUUCCUUACAAGUUCAAAUGAGGUGGAUUGGGAGCUGGGUACUGCACUGAGUGAGGAAGCAGAGGAUGACCCGACCACACUGCUGGCCAGGCUACAGGCAGUACAGGCCGAGGCUAUACAGAAGGGGGUAGAGGUGGACAUUGGCCCCGGUCUGGCUCACUACCUGCAACAUUGCCUAGCCUCCACUCCAGCUCCUGAGUCAGUGUGGUUACCUCCCACCACUCUUGACAGCCUGCCUCCACACCUACUGGCUGACCUCCUCCUGCAGUCCCCCACUUUGCGCGAAGCCACCACGGACCGUCUCAUUGACAAUCUCCGCAAGCAGCAUCUAAUCAGUUCAUCUCCAGCAGAGUGUCUCGCACUCAUCGCCCUUUAUGUAGAGAGAGGAAGAACAGAAGAAGCCAAAACCCUUCUAAACAGUGAUGAAGAGAGCUUACCUCAGUUGUCAGACUGCUUGCUCCAUAACUGGAAACUGCUUCUUGACAGCAUGAGACAGGGUUCAGGUGACAAAGAUGGCAUCUACACAUUCUCAGAUGUUGGAGUGGUGCUGAUGGAGACAAAACCUCAAGUUCUUGCAUCUAUUCUCGCGGGCCUGGUCACUGAACAACAAACAAUGGAUUUACAACAAGUACUUCAGAUAUUCCUGGCGUAUCUGCCGUCAAGGAUGGGAGUGGCUGGUACGGCAGCUAGUGGAGUUCUGCAAGGGUUUCUAGAGAGGGUUCUGAUCAGCACCAAACACCCCGACACCUCCCACCCACCCACCAAAGAGGCCUUACAAAUUUUAAUGCGUUCCUAUCUGAGUGAUCUUCGUGUCAACAACAAAGGAAAUGAAUCAAAUUCCUUCCCAGGAAAACGACCAUUCUUUGCUUACAUGUUACCACCUUUCACAUCUCCAGAACAUCCAAGCUUAAUAAAAUUAGAGUGGCUGAUCUGCAGUGGUUGGCUGAGCUCUGAGUGCUUAGCAGAACUCACUCAGUACGUAAAGGAAGUUCUGCCAUCCUGCCUGUCUCUCCUAAUUCUGGCACAGCCUUCUGCAGGUCUCCCUCUACUCAUUGAUCAAUGCCCCCAAGCGAUCCCUCAGUACACAAAGGACCGCUUGAAGAACGAAGCAGAUUUGAAGCAGAUGAUUUCCUUAUUGGAAGUGAAAGUGGAAAAUGACACCAAAGGAAUUUACGAACCCAUAUUGAAAGAGGUGCUGGACUACCUGAGCAACAACAUGUCACCAGAGGCGUUGUGGAAGAUAUUACCAGGAGGCAGUGCGGGCAGACUGAAGUACAAGAGUCAUCUGGCGACUUGUCAGCAAAUAUCGCACGCCAAUCACAUAAAAUCUGUCAUCGUAGCAACGGCACGGCAGCUGCUGGCCACACUCAACUUGUAGUUGUAGAGCACCGUGCAGUAGACAUUCAGGAAAAUAUCACCUACUGAUAUCCAGAACCAUUUUGGUGGAUUUUACAGCCUGCCAACUUUACCUUUUAUAAAUAUCAAAUUGUAAAUAUUGAACAUCAAGAAUGUUACAAUUUGAAUUUUACCAUUUACAAAGUGUUGUCUAUGUGAUAUAUUAGAAUACAUCGUAAUAAUGUAAGUUUGCUUUCACUUGAAUGAGACUUAAAUCAUGUUUCUCAAUGUUAGGCCACACAUCUUCAAGUUUGUAUAAAUAGUUAUAACUAUAACAACUGCUGUUAUAUUUUAUCUGCUGCGUUGUUCUAUCUGCUGAAUAUGUUGCUCGCAAAUGCACUUUUCUGUGCCUUUACUACAAAUUCUCUCAGUAUUUUCCAGCACAUUCAUUAAAUAUUUAUAUUGUUUAAUAUUUGUACCUGAAAAUUUUAAGUCACCAGCACAAACUCACAUCAACUUUCAUAAUUCAUUCAUUUCUUUCAAAAUUAAUUGACAAAUUGUUCUAUUUAAUAUUUUUUUCUUAUCCACUCAGAUUUUUUCUUAAUAACAAUAAGUUUAUUUUUCCUCUGACCAAAUAAAAACCUAUUUACUGUCUGAUU